AUGCGCAACAAUCCUAGUUAUUCACGGACGUAUCUAAGCAAGUCCAACAAUCACUUUCAACAACCGCUUGCGGUAACCAGUGAUCCGGAAGUUCUUGCGAAGAGACGAGCACGAAACAACCUACUCAAGCAGGGGGGUCAGCGAUUUCAAGGACGGAUUCAGUCUCUGCACCUGCCCAAGGUUGAGCCUUCUCCUUCCACGGUGUUGAUCGCAACCUCAACUGCGCUGAAUCCAGCAGGUGUGAUGGAUUUGACUAUUGACAAUGAGGUAUACGGACCACCAGUUGGCAGUAGCGACGAAGAAGAGGAGAAAGAAAAUCAGGACAAGACGUCCACAAAAGCUGUACAAUCUUUACCGACUCCCGAAAAUACUCAGCAAUCCUCCAAACUUAAGAGACGGCUACCUUCGAGCAGGCCAGAUGCAAACCGACGUGAAUCGAAAAGGCUAAAAGGAAACAAAGAUGAAGGCAUUACCAGUGUACUAGACGAAAGGGUUGCCAAUAUACCACCACCAUCGAGCAUGGAACUGUUUCCGAAUUCCUCACAGUCGAGUCAGAGAAGGAGGGGGCAGUAUCAUAAAGGAAGAAGACCUCAAUAUAGAGCCAGUCCGGAGUUGUCACAAAAUGAUACAGAGAAUGCGGAUCUCAAUAUACCUAGCUCUGCUGAGAUGCCUAGGCGGAAGCGGCAAGGAAACGUAAAAUUUGAGAACCUAUCAAGUUCACAAACCUCUUCACCUCGAUCAAAGACGUCGAAGCAGGAAAUCGACCUCCCCGCAAGCAGUCCAACUCGGAAAAGAAGGCAAAGAGCCUUCGCAUUGCCAGGCGUGCAAACAGACGAGGGUCCUGAAAUGAACGGGGACGAUAGCGACGACAUUGCACAGCAGUUGUUCGUAUCUGUCGAACCAGCAAGGGAACGCCGCGGCUCUACUUCCAGCUUAUCAUCACUAAACUCUAUCAACGAAAUUGCAGUUGAUCUUGAGACCGAGGCAAGAUUGAUGGCAGAUGACGAUGUCACAGACCUAGAAGAGACAGUAUCGUCGAUUCACUUCAUGUGCCCGAGGUGUAAACGUACGACCCUGAAAGAGGGUAUCGAGCUACCAGAACCAUGCACAGACACUAAAAACCUCACCGGCCUCCAGCAGCAACAGUUUUGUUAUAUUCAUCGCAUGCGCGAUGCAAGACUUGCCUGGAACAAAGCUGGCUACCCAGAACUCGAUUUUGCAACUCUCGGGACCUCGAAGCGUGUACAGAAACAUAUCAAGAAUCUACUUCCCGUAAUCGGACGCAAAACUCCCUCAUUCUACCUCAAGAAACUUGACGAAGCAGCUUCGAGGUCAAAAGGUCAAGGAGCUAUCAAACAUUUCUUCGCCGAGGAGACCAUCGAUCUGAUACACCAUGGCUACUAUGGUCCACGUGGUGCCAAGGUUAUCUCUAAGACGAUUGCCGAAGACGCUGAAGUGGUGAGCUCACUCAAGGGCAGGACACGUGAUAAAGCUGUACAAGCAGCUGGUAUUGGCCGCUACAUCGAUUGUGUGCUUACGCCAGAGGUUUUGAUAAAGUUGGUGCAGGAAGAUUCGAAAGAGCCGCGUAGUGAAGAAGAUGCGAGGAAGGUUCUGAAAGAUUCUCAAGAGCUUGGAAGGUUGCUAUGCGGAGAUGACGAUGAGGUCAAUACUGAGGAGGAUGUCGAUCUUGGAAACGAUGUCUAA